CAUCAACCUCCUGAAAACGUGCGUAAAAGGCAAGUUUACCGAAACCGGUUGGCUGGGCGGUGCACAUACAAACACACGCAUCCACUCGAACCGGUGGAUGAACUUCAGCUGGAUAAUGGAUUAACGCAUCAGGCAGAUAACAAACAAAAAAACCGCACAGCAUACUAUGAACUCCAGAUGUCAAUGUAUUGGAAGACAACACCCACCCACCCAUGACGGAUUAACUCACACUUUAAAGUAGUUGAAUAAGCGCGCGCCGGUGCGGACGGUUGAGAUUCUACGUAGGGUAUUUAACUUCUUUCUGAUACUUAAAGCUCUUCCAACUGUGUAUUUUUUUAAUUUUUUUUAUGGGGAAGAGAAGCGUUGAGCUCGACCAGCCAUACGGAGUGACAGUUGCUGCGCGAGGCGCUGGUGCCAGAUAUGGAUAGCACGCGGGAUACCUCUAGAUGCUGGUGCGCAUCUUCAUAAAGUGCGACACUUCGAGACUGACGAGGGUCCUAAAAACUUCAUUUGUCCUGAAUCAAAGGUGCUGACAAACGGAGGACGAGCAGGACGCAAUCGCUCCUGCCCAACCAACAAGCUCAUUUAGGGAGAACAGUUUGAAAAAAGAAAAAAAAAAAAAGCCUCCACAGUAGCCUACUUUUACAAAUCUUCACAGGAAGCUUUGAAGUAGAGAAGAUGCGUCAAGAGGUCGCGAGGAGAUUUCACAUGCUGCUCGUGAUUUGGUCGAUUGUCGUUAGUUUGGGAACAGGGUUUCCUACCAGACACAAGAAUGUUGCCCACAAGGCACAUGGCCACCCGACGCACAGCGGCGGGGUCCAAUAUGGCCCUGAGGCUUUGGAGCAGCAUAACCAGGUCCAGAGUCUCCUGCCCGAGUCCCAAAACCACCAGAGGAGGUGGCCCCACCCCCAGCACCGCUCCGUUGGGGUUCUUCCACAGCCUGAGCCCGAGGAGGAGACCAAACCUUUCAUCCUGGAUCUCAAGAACUUUCCAGACCUGGCCAAUGCUGACAUCAACUCACAGAACCCCAACAUACAGGUAACCAUCGAGGUGGUGGACGACCCCCAGAUGGAGGUAGAGAUGGACCUGACCAAGGAAAAAGACUGGCUACCCUCCUCUUCCUCCUCACCCUCUUCCACCGUGGAUUGGCUUGGAGGCAAGAAGCUUUUCUGGCCCCUAUUCUGGAGCUACACGGACGCCGAUUCCAGCGAGGACAGCAACAGCCGGUCAGGCGUGGAGGAAACUGGCGAGGAAGAGGAGGAGGAGGAUUACUCCCUGGAUUACGGCAGUGAAGAGCCCUUACCCAGCGGAGUGGGCGGAGACUGGGAUACGCAUUGGAAUGAAGGCUGGGAUCCAGUGCAGAGCUACUAUGAGAAGGAGACAGAUGAGUGGACUCCCUGGUCCCCCUGUUCAGUGACAUGUGGAAACGGUGAGAGGAAGAGGACCAAGUCCUGUGGCUACUCCUGCACUCUGACAGAAGCCUCUAAGUGUGACCUGGAGCCUUGUCCCGGUGAUGUCAACACUGUUGUAGAGCCUUUUCCUUUCGAGAUGGAGAAUGGCACAGAGCCAUUUGGGACAGAUGUGGACAGCUGUGAGAAGUGGCUCAACUGUAAGAGUGAGUUCCUCCAGAGGUACCUCCACCAGGUCCUGUCUGAGCUGCCCAGCUGCCCCUGCUCCUACCCCUCUGAAGUGGGCUACACUGUGGUCAGUGUCUACGAUGAGAAGCAUGGCCGGCAGUUCCGCUGGCGUGAUGCCAGCGGCCCCAAGGAGCGCCUGGACAUCUACAAGCCAUCAGCGCGUAGCUGCAUCCGCUCAACACUUUCCGGCGAUUCAUCUACUCUUGCAGCGCAGCAUUGUUGUUAUGGUGAUCGCGGGCGGCUGAUCACACGGGGGAAAGGCGCAGGCACGCCGAACCUGAUCAGCACUGAGUUCUCCCCCGAGCUGCACUUUAAGGUGGAUGUGCUGCCUUGGAUCCUGUGCAAGGGAGACUGGAGUCGCUUCCAUGCGGUGCGGCCACCAAAUAAUGGAUUGAGCUGCCCAGAAAACCCCCAUGAAGACGUGUUCAUGAAUGAACUGGAAGAGGCCAGGGAGUACUGAGGGACCACAGCCAAAACUACCACUUUGGAGAGUCAGAGGGCCCAAUCCUAAUUUGAGAGGAGACUGCCUACUUUAAAGUCAUGACAUAUUACAUCAAACCAUGCAUCAUGCAUUUAUUAAGUAUUGAGGAAAUGCACAUUUCACAAAUGCACAUUUGUGAUUGGGAGAUUUGUGGGGAUAAGGUAUGAUGGGGAAGUGUGGCUGUCUCAAGUUAGGAUUUGGCACAGCGUCCUGAUAUCAGGCUCAACUGAACUGAAUUACAAGAAUGGAAAAAAGAAAAUGCAGUGUUCUCCUAUCGCUUGCCAACCUGUUCCACAUCUGGCAUAACAUCAAGCUCUCUCUCUUUAUAUUCAUUACACUCUCCUGGGUGCGUGUAAGCAUGAUGUCUACCUACUGGCUUUUUUUGACAGUGUCCUGGAGGACUUGUGAUUGACAAUCGAAACAAAUGGUAAACAUCCUGAUUAUGCUUCUUGUAGGUUUUACAUUAGGAAAUGUAUGAAUGUGGACUGGUUCUAUUGAUGAAACAAACACAUGCAUGGGAAGAGUCCACCAGAUGAAUAUCCCAACUAUGCUGCUACAAUAUAAAAUCCUUCAGGUUUUACAAAGGUAUUAAGGGGAACAAGACAACAGGACAUCGGUAAACCCAAAAGAUGCCACAUUUAUUCACAGUAAUGUAGAUUUCAGCCAAUGUUUUGGGAGACUAAAAUUAGUAGAUUAGUGGUUAGAAGAAUUUGGGAUUUCAACCAGAGAGGUAAGCUAAAAGGAUUUGAAACAUUCUGCUGUCAUUAUCGAGGGCUUGCUAGUGAGAAUGAUGAGAAUAGUCCAUUAGCAGUAAUGGUACGCAAACAGCACAUUUGAUUUCAAAUGUUUUGUCACACAGAUUGAGUUUCCUCACAUUUUCACAGCCAUGAAGAUAUAUGUGAUCUGGGUGCCAAAGAGUUAAAAAUCAGACUGUUGGUGCCUGUGUAAAUCCAGCCUCCUAAGUCUCUACGGUGCAAAUGUAGGAAAAAUGAAGUUGUUCAGUGAGUAGAUUGUGCUCAUAGAUCUCUACGAUGUUCUCAGGGGGACUUACUGACCACGAUAAACAAAUUUGUUCAUUUACCUCGACAGCAGAGCACUUUUGGAACUAGGACAAAGUGUAUUGGGGUACAGAUUAAUAGGAGGGUUUUGGAGGUCUAACCCAGAUUGUAACUGAUGAACAGAUAAUGCUUUUUGUGCAGUUUCAGAGAGCAGUUGGAACCCUUAUAAGUGAAUAGCUGUUGAUGCAUUGUGUGUGGUAGAAAGAUGUCAUUGCUGCUUAGGGCUUAAAGUCUUUGGGUUUAUGUACAGAACUUGAUUGCAUAGAAAGGACAUUCCUACUCAAAUAAACAUUCCUGAGAAGUCAUGUAGUUGGAGCCCUUAACCUGGCUUACACGUACAGGUAAAGGCAACAUGGAAGUAGUCACCAUUAGCAAAUACCCCAUAGGUAUAGUGCAAAGGAUUGAAAAUGCUGAUGUAGUAAUCUUACAUUUACAUAUAAAUACCUUGUGACUCCAGGAAUUGCUCUUUCUAUCCAGUCCAAUUCUAUGGAUGUUCGCUCCAAACCUUUUUUCAGGAAUUCUGCUUCCAGAUGUGUAUAUGCAAACACGCAUUUACAUUUUGGAAUCACCAAUUUUAAAGGAAGGCACUUUAUUAAAGAUAUAUCAAAAUGUACUCAUGUUUGCCAUUUGUUGAUGAUAGUGUUAUUGUGAAGGGAAACUCGCCAGCAAUGCUGCAUUGUUCUAUGAAAGUGCAUAUAUCAAGUGUUCUGUUGAGGAAAGCAUGAUCUUUUUGUGAUUUCUGAAUCUAGUAUUACAUUUAUGGUGUUGUACAGUAUUUAUUUGUCUGUUCUCUUUUUUUAAGUUUGCUGAAGUUUUGAAAUGUCUCUAUACUCAACAUGGUGCACUAAUCUGACUGAGAAAUGAAGGCACCCAUUAUCAAAAGGGAAACCACUUGCCUCAUAUCACUUCAUACAGCAACAUCAAGUGUCUGUGCUUCAUUCUACUUUGUACUGCAGUGCUCUAUGAAUAUGUUGUUGCAAUUAUGCUAAAGAAAUAUAUAAAGACCUUGCAUUCAUCAUCUGA